UAUCGAAUGCCGUAAAAUUGACAUUUUUAACUGAAAAAAAUGUGUAUAUUGAAAAGAUUGUGGUGUAUGAAAUUACACAUAGAUUAUUAAAAGUGAUAAGUAUAAACUAUAGAGUGAAACGACGUGCCAUUGGUUCUUCGUUAUACGUCUCUAGAAACAUGAAUGAGAAUCACUGAACACGAAUGGUAGCUGUCUUGGCGCGAUAGUGUUUAAAAAUAGUAUUAAACUGCUUUCAAGGAAUAGUCUUUAAGUUUAAACAUGGAGAUAGACGAAAUCAUGGAAAAUGCUGAUGACAUUGGGCAAGAUUCAGACAGUAUAAACAAUAGUAUAGACCUUUUAGAGGAGAAAAAGAUCAAAUUGAGAAAACAAAUAAAUCAGUUGAAAUCCAUAGUUAAACAAAUUAAGUGUAAUUUAAACAUACAUAAAUAUAAAAAUACUAAAAUCACAUACGAUCAAAAUGCUUCUGACAUUUCUGCCAAUACAAAUACAGAUUCAGAUACCCCUGAAAUUCUAGAUGUUGAUAUAGAAUUACAAUUUCAAUUGUAUAGAUAUGCUGGUAUUUACUGUGUCAAGUCUUCAAAAGAAGAAUUCAUUUUUAAUUUUUCAUCAUCACAUAAAUAUGAAAAGAAGGGUACUUUUGCAGUACAAAUUUUAAAUAAGGAUAAUUUAGGGCAUUUAGGAAAAUGGAUAAUGCCCAAGUCAAUUGAUUUAAAUGUUUUAAUAUCUAUAUUUCCUAUUCAAGAGUUAAAAUACAUACCUAGCUUUGUAAGAACUUGCAAGCAUUAUAUAGAUUGUCAUUUUCUUCGACAAGAGCAAUAUCAUGAACUAAUGGAUAGAGUGUCUCAUUUGAAAGACUGUACUUUACAAACAAAUUUAGCAUAUACUUAUAUCACUUUAGAAUUAAAAAGUGUAAGGAAAAUAGAAGAUGAUUCAUAUAUAAAUAUAGUUAUAUAUCUUAUAUAUGAUACUAAUGAAGUCAGACCACAUAAAGUUGAAGUAGAUUCACAAACAGAAGAGGAAUUGGACAAGAGCACGAAAAAGCAUCUAAAGGAUUCAUUAAAGUGUUUUAAAACAUUUGAUUUAUGUACAGCAUUUAAGAACAUAUUAAACACAGGUCAAUUUAUAUGGGCAAAAGAAGAUGAUGAAGAUAGUCCAGUAGAAGUUAAUAAUUUGAGCAACUCAGAUGAAGAGGGAUUUAUAGAAGAAUAUUUGAAGGAAUCAAGGAUGUCUCCGCUACGUUUAACAAGACAGCAGAAGAAAAGACGAAAAAGAACAAAAACGCAGAUAAAAGUGAAAAGUGUUUCAGAAGCAUUUGAAUGUAAUAAGGAGUCUGUCUCUGCUCAAUUGGAGAAAGAAAAUUCCAGAAUGAUGAAAUCUCCAUCAUCUGUGGGUACACAACUAAAAAAAUUAAAACAGACAAAGUUAAAAUUUCGAUUAUACAGUGAAUCAGAUGGACAUAUAAGUUGUCUAACAUCUUCUACAAAAAUGACUCCUCAAAAGAAAACAACAAAUAGAAAUUUAAAUAAAUUGUUGACUAGUACUCCAAUGCAUAAGAAUCACAACUUCAUUCAAUCAACCAGCAUUGAUAAUAUUAGUGAUAUUACAGUCAAUGAAAAUGGUUUAAAAAAUGCUAACACUAACAUUGAUUCUGCUAGAGAGAGUGAACCUAUAAGUGUACACAGACCUUUAAGUAUUUCUUCUGCAAAAGUGUUACAAAGCAAAAUAAAAACAAACGUGAAACCAACAAAAUAAAAAAAAAGUUAAGUUAAAUAUAACUAGUAAGAAAUAAAAAAACCUAAAGAAUAUGUGAAGUAUUUUGUGAAAUUUGCAAUAAAAUAUAAUGUACCUUUUAUUUUGUACUUUUGUCUUUUUUGUAAAAAUAAAUUUAUUUUUAAUAUGGA